GGAUGACAGGGACUGCAGGCAGUCUGGCAGCCAGGCAAGCAGGCAGGGGGGCAUAGGCCUCCACUUACACAGUACAGUAAUGCUUCAUACGUAUACAUUUGCAUGCCACAAACGAGGACGGACUUAUGCUAUUUGACAUCAAAUUCGGUUGCAUAUCUCUGUCCGUCGUCAUCGAGUGCAUAGCCGAUCGUCUAACACAUAGUACACGGAAAAGUUCUACACAGGGGCUUGCGCCGCCGCCACUCUCUAGAAAUCCGCUCUAGACCUUCUGCGCCAGCAUAACGUUGAUCCGUCCCUUGAGAUAUGUACACAGGCUCAAAUUGGUGAAAGACAGCUGACCACCUGCAGCGCAGCAAACACAUGACACCGAUGUGGAAGACAACAUCGCUGCAGCUCGUAUAGAAGCACACCAGGCAGCAGAUGAUGCAGGAUGACCAGAAUGUCGUCAGGACGAGCCAAGAACUGCACGCACAAAAGGAACACAUAAUCGCAUUCUUUUCCUCUGUGCGUUAUCGCUCACCUCUUCAGCGAUGACGUUGUGUUGUUGUCUUUUCGCUGCCAUGGGCACCGGCAGGCCCAUGGGCAUCCCCAUACCACUGCCAGGCUGGAAAGGGCGGAAGUGCUCAAUCAUCACGUGAACAAACAACGUCAGGAAUGUAGUCGCCUGCAAAAGGGGACGCGGCUCAGGCUGCGCAUGACUGUCCUUGUCCGUGCGUACCAGCAGGACGUUGUCAAGAGGCUCGCAUAUGAGUGUGUAGGCCACUCUGAUGAGAGACCCACACGGAGAGAUAGCUGAACAUCGAUCCAUGCAUGCCUCUGUGUCCGCCUGAUCAUUACUUGUCCAUUUGUUUCCACACGACUAGUUUGGGCGUCUGGAAGAGGGGGGACGGUUGGAAACGGAGAAUGCCUGCAUCCACAGAUGACAAGCGCGAACUUCACGAAGCAGACGAACGCUUGCAGAGCAGUGUGUGUACCCUCCGUUAUGUCUGCUGCCGCAGCAGGCGGGCUGGAGCGCCGAGAACCACUGCUAAAACCCCACACAGAUACAUGACAAGCGCACAGCCGUAUGGGCCGUCACUCAUCCUCCCUUCCUUCGUUCAUACACCUACUCGGUGUUUGCGUACAGCCUGAGGAACCAGUCAUCGUCUGCAGCCGCGGCGCCACUGGGCAGAGCAGCCGAGGAGUGUGUCAUUGGGGAGGGGAAGUGCAUCCUGCCCUUUGGUACUGGCUUGGGCGGCGCAUCACUCGCACACUGGGUCUGCCACAAGCAAACCAACACCAACACACACAUACAACCAACGAAUUGGUGAGCAACGUGGUGUUGUUGAGGGAUGCGCAGGCAGCCGACCUGGAAUAGGUGUUCCUCUAAGAUUCGCCGCAUGAUGGUCUGCGAAGCAAGCGCAACAUUUGCAGUCAGCCAGUCAGUCAGCCACCCAUUCCAUUCGUUGUGCACAUGCUCAUUGACUCAUGUGCGUGGGCGUGUACCUGCUGCCGUGUUUUCUUCUGGCCGUCGUUGCCCUCCGGCGAGUAGAAGAUGGAGAAGAACAGGCGAUGUGAUGAGUCGACAGAGUGAAUCAUCAAACCAUACACCAUGAUGACGAUGCGCACGGCGAAAAGAUCCGCGCCCACGGCGAAAAGAUCUGCGUAAUUC